AUGUUCUUCCCCCUCCUUCCGAAAGAGCUUCCCUUCUUCUCUUACUCACACACACUUCUUUUUUUCUUUUCUAAAACUUUAUUCUUCUCUUCCCCUCUAUCUUUCUCCCUCAAAACUCUCUCCCUCUCUCCCUCUCUCCCCCCCUCUCUCUCUCUCUCUCCCUCUUCCUUUUAUUCCUGGCGAUACUUCUCACCAAGUAAUGUCUUGUUCGGCUUCCCCACGACGGUCGUUAUCUUAUCAUGGCCACUGUUGAACGACCUACUUCUACCACUACCACCACGCUACCGCGUUCCCGCUCCGUGCGUCUGGCGGGUCAAGGUAAGAUCGGCGCACCCGAUCGCCCUGCUUAAUGCUCCUCUUGCAUCAGAUUAUCAUGCCCCAGCAUUUCGUAAUAAUAAUAGUUAUAACUAUUGUGGUAAUGAAACAACUAAUUCCUUCCCAGCUGCCACGGCUGCCCUGUAUGUGACCCAUCCGGAGCGCAGACUAUCGGUGCGUGAGCCUUCCACCGCUGAAACAGAACGCUUGACCUUGAAAGCGACUGGUUCUCGCCCUGGCUUCAGCCAUGCGUCAGCUGUCGCCGCCCUCGCCCAUGCCAGAAAGGAAGCGGCCGCGAUCCCGGUCGUUGAGCAUCAGCGAACCUCGGAUUCUCCGAGCCGGGAAGGUUAUAAGGCAGCCGCCUAUGUCUUUGGGAACCGUCGUUCACCCUCGACGCGCUCUCCCACUUCCUUUGAUCUGAAGCAAGACCUGAUCGCAGCAGAUUCAACCGCUGGGCGUGUUUUAGAUGAUCGAGAGAAGGCCCUUCGUGCCGCCACCGGUGCGUUGAGCGGCAGCCGGAGGCGAGCCGACUCGGCACCUUUUGAUGCCCCCCACCCAGGAAUGAGUACCGAUGAGGCCCUUGGAGAUCUUGACAGCUCCAUGGAGGCAAGCAGGAUCCAACAUAUCGCUAACACGAAUGCGCGUCUCUACACUGCAUCCCCGCCAGUCUCUCCAGAGCGGGAGGAACACGAGCGGAGAAGUGUUAUGCAAGCUGCUGCUCUGUCCAUGGCCCGGGAGAUGUAUGCCGCGGUAGAGGCCAAGGAGCAAGGUCAGGUAGGCCAUGCUCGAACGAGAUCACAGCGUUCACCCACUGGCGCGGAGCCCAUAGUUCUCCAACAGGCCUUCAGUCUGCAAGAUGCCGCCGAAAAACGCGCGGCUGAAAAGCUCGCCAGCAUGCAGGAUGAGACAGCCAUCUACCGGGAAUAUUAUGGUCUUGAGCCUCAGCCCACUCGGUCCAGCUUGCAACCCCGCAGACGCCGAGCCUCAAUUGACACGGAUGUCUCCAGUGGGGAUGCUGAUCGAACAUUGGAGAUCCGGCACCAAAUGUUCAGGCUUCGAUCAAAGCUCAAUGCCGUAGACGAAAGAAGGGAACAGGACCGUGCACUCUUGAUGGAAGCGGCAAGGAAGAACGUCGAUGCCACCAUUCAAAACAUGGAGAUGAGAGUCUAUGCGGAAACCGGUCGCGCACCCCCGUCCAUGCAGAAGGAGAUCGAAGAGGCUGCAUUGGCACGUGCCAUGCUAGAAAGGCAGGAGAGGCAGGAAGCAGACUCGCAGUACCAAGGGGUUGAUCGAGUGAAUAUCAGUUCCAAACGCUUUGUGGACAUGUCCGAUGUGGAAGCGCUGGCUCGAUCUCGGCUACAGCCCACUUUCGACGAAAUCACCGACCGAGCCGAGAAUCAACGCGCAAGAGAGCUGGAGCAAAGACUGGACCAGGAAGAAGCCCAGCGUCGAGAAGCCAUGUACAGCGAACGCGAAGCAGAGACCAAAGCUGAAGAGAAACGUCUACGAGAUUCUUUGAGACUUGAGAACAGGUCUAAAGAUGAAAAGAGCUGGCUAUGGAAAAGAAAAUUGAAGCGCUUCUCCGACCAUGAGCCAGAUAUUGCUGCUAGCACUUCAGGAGGAGUGGUCGAUGAAGCAGCCACUGAAUCUGCACCACAAACAAUCGCCAAUGAUGAUGUCAAUGCAACUGCUGCUGGUGCGGUAGCCGAGCCCACUUCUAGCGAGCUUGUGACCAAACCAGAAUCUAAGUUCAGGUCGUGGUUCAAAGGUCGCAUGGGGCGCCGCACAAGCUCGAACCAGGCUGAAAGCCCUAGAGAGUCGAAGGAAGCCAAAGUAGGCACUGACGUGCCACAAACAGAAAAUGUCGCAGGUCAAACAGGACUCGAAGAAACAGCUGGGCCAUUGGGCGCAAGCAAGACCAAAGAAAUCAAGGCUUCGAGCACAUCCGAGCCACCGCAAACUACUGAAGGUGGUGAAGGAAGAGCAUGGGACAUUGCUCAUCCAGAGGGUAUAUCUCCUGAGAUGCCAGAGCUUCCUGCCACGGUUGAAGCACCCAAAGAAGGGGCUUUGGACGAGGAACCACAAAAAGCGGCGCUUCAGUCCCAUCCCAUGACGGCAAUAUCCAUCGAUGAUGGCAGUGCAGAGCAACCUAGUCGUAUCGAUGAGGAUGCAGUCCAACAAGCUUCUAAUGCCAAAGACGUGCCGGCUGAUGAGACCAGUCGUAACCGAUUGAUGUCUGGCUUCAAGAAGAUGGUCUCGAGGAGCUCAACCGAGGCGAAGACUGGUGGGGCUGUCAAGCAUGACGUCGCCCGAAGAAGCUCGGAGGCAAUCCCAAAGCAUACUGUAGAGGGAGCAGACCGACGGGCAAGUGUGCCUGAACAUGGCCAAGUUCUACCCUCAUCGGCGGGGAAUCGAACCAGCGAUGGCACGGGCCGAGAAUCGCGCUUUUCCGAGAAAUUGUAG